AUGGCUUCCGUCGCCAUCGCCGGCCAUUCUUUCGCUGCCAACACAGUGACCCCCCCACCACCAGCAACUCCGGCGACGAACAGGACGACGACGACAGCCGUGGCCGGAACAGCCUCUCCCGCCAGCAGGCGCUCUCCACCGAAUUCCGCCCCUGUGGAUAGUGAUGUGUCGCCAGCGCCAUCUACAUCGCCAGCCUCUACACAGAUACAGUAUCCACAGUCGAGGACAGAUCCGCAUCCAGACCACCGGCUGCAGACGCCCAAGUCCCAGCAGACGCCAACCCAUCAUCCUCUGCACGCGCACCGACAGAACCACAACUCGUCCAAGCUGCCGGCCUUCCGGUUCGCCGAUUUGAGGAAGGACUCGCUGGUGCUGCCAUCACGACCACACCACAGUCCACCGUCGCCUGUCUCGCCUGAGCCGCCCUACGAUUCGGGGCUGCAGCAGCAACAGCAGAAGGUGGAUGCACUGCAGGGGGCCGACUCUCAGCAGAACCACUGCCAGUACGACCAGCAACAGCGCCACCAGCAGCCGACACCCCCUACUCCUCCCACUACAGCAGACGCUAAUUUUACCGCCCCCACCACUACAUCGCGCUGUAAUAGCGCUGGGAACGUGCACAACAACACUGUUUCGGCUACCCGCAGUGACUUUCCCCUUUCGCCCACAUCUUCCUCCUCGGCGUCUGGCAACACCCGUCCGAGUCAGCCUGCACGAUCCCGCCCGUCGUCGUUUCAAAACCUGGCGCCGCCCCCGCCGCCGCACCAGCAGCAGUCUUUCUCGCCUUUCUCACGGCCUGCGUCAUUUCCAAACUCUCCACCCACCGUCGUCGUCUCCGCUGUCAAUACCACCCCUCUCGCGUUCUCGUCCAGCCCAGUAACGGCCAGACUCCAGCGCACGCUGACGGACCCCAUCCCGUCGAAAUCGACAUCGCCAUCGCCAUCGGCAGGCGCAUCGACAUCCGCAUCGGCGGCGACCACGUCAUCGUCCUCGCAGCCGCAGCCGCUUGCCUCGCUGGGCAACGCAAAGACCCAGUCGCUGCACCGUCGCGCACCCGCCUCCUUCAGCUCCCACGGCCUCGAGACGUCACGCGGCCCACCCACCGCCUUCACCGCCAAGCGCAUCCAGGCGGUGAACGUGCAGGCUGCUGCCGCCCACGCUGCUGCUACUGCCCAAGGCUCUCGCCCCAGCGGUUCUGCGCCUACGACUACGCCUGCGCCAGAGGCCGCCACGGAGCGGGUCAAGAGCCAGCGCGAUUCCGCGCUGUCGCCGAGCGAACCGUCUUCGCCACAACAGUCGGCUGAUGACAAGCGAAAGCCCGCCACCAUCACCUCCCGGCCUCCCGUCUCGUUCCGUGCCCCCUGUUACGACAGCUCUUCGCCGCGCGGUGCCAUCCCCCCCAUCCGCUCCUUCCGCUCCUCGGGCUCGCGAAAGAGCCUGGGCCUGGACAUGAAUUCCCGCCCUUUCGGAGACUUUAGCGACGCCGAUUCUACCGACGCCGGUGGUCUGAGUCCGACGCAGCACGGUCGCUCCCUGCGUGCGCUCGAAGGCUUGACCGACGACGAGUGGACCCAGCGCGCCUUUCACGACUCUACGUCUACGCGCUCAACACUGCCCGACACCGACACCGAAAACACGGCGGACAUCUUCAUGCGCAUCGCACGGGAAGACACGAGGAACCGGUCCUCCGACGAGGAUCGGCCCUCGGACAAUCACAGCGUGGCACCGGCUUCUCCGACCCAAGUUGCCCGCCGCCUUUCCGAUCAGCGCGAGACAGCACGGUCUCGACGUGCCGGCGAAGAGCUGGCGGUCCGGACCCACGCCUUUUCGCAUGAGCUCAGCCAGCGUGCUCUGGCAAAUGAUCGGCUGACGUCCAGUCGGGCCAGCGGGACCCAGAAGCCCGAUCCCGUCCGGACAGCACGAACGGUCAUCUCGUCGGCACGGCCGUCUCCGAGCACGCCGCGAGCGUCGGCCUUUUUCGAUACGGCAUCGGAAGUAGGCACGAGCUACGCCCGGAGACGACCGUCGACCGACAACAACAAUAACAACAACGGCAGCACAGCACCGCCAGCACGGACGUCUUCCAUCAAGCCAUCUCUCGCAUUUGCGCGCACAUACAGCUCUUCACCACUCGUGCCGAAACAUACGAGCGAACCGCAGCAACAAACCGCACACGAGCCGAGCCAUGGGGUGGUCGAGGGCACGGAGUCGUCGGGAUCGACAGCGGCGCCGUCGACGGUCUGGGACGAGCUGGACGACCUGAAGUCACGCAUGCGGCGUCUAGAGCUGUCGGGCAAGAUUCCACCGACGUCAGGUGCUGCCAUGUCACGGGUGUCGGACGACCGGCCACGCACGGCGACGACCAAUGCAACGACAGUGUCGGCUUCACCCAAACGCGGAGCCAACAGCAGUGCUCAGGCAGAUGCACGCAGCACGACGUCAUCACAACUACACCACCAGCAGUCGCAACAGCAGCUUCUGUCGCUGUCGCUGCAACAGGGCGCGCAGCCAUCCCAUGCCAACCUCUUGACGGCUCUGCAGAAGGUCAAGGCACAGACGAGCGACGACGUGUACAAGGCCAUGGAGGCCAUGGCUGCGGAGGCACUGGCGCUGGCGCAGAUGGUGGGCGUGUCCGGGCAGCCAGGGCCGAUCUCGAGUGGUGCCAGCACGAUUGGAGGCGGCGGCCCGGCGACGGUGACAGACCGACAGCUUCGGCGCAAGGCCGACAGCAUAUGCCGCAGCCUGACGGAGCUGUGUCUGACGCUGAACGAGGAGGCGGUGCACAAGAAGACGGCGGCGACCACAUCGGCUUCGACAGCCCUGACGACCAUGACAUCGAUGACAACCAUGACAGGAGCGGCGUCCACAGCAGUGGCACCGGCGAUAUCGCAGACACACCUACAGGCAAUUGGGUCUCGCGAGGAGGCCGAGGCGAUGGCGAGCCCGGCCACGAGCAGCAAGCCAUUUUCACCGAUGCUGCGACGGCCUACAUUUGAUGCGUUUAGUCCGUCGAUACAGACGAGCCCGAAGGCGGUGUACCGGUUUGAGGGCCGGCGGGACGAGCGGCAGGACGAGCGACGGGCGUCGUUGAUGAUGCCGUCCUCGCUUGCGGGAUCGCGGCAGUCGCUGGGGCCACCGUCGACGGCAGACAACGUGGGGCGCAGGUCGUCGCUGUUGAUCUCCCGGACACGGCGGGCGGUGACGGAAGAGCCGACGGACGACAGCCAAGGAUCGGGACGCCGAUCGUCGAUCUUGCGAAUGCGGCGAGCCGGCACGGAAGAGCCGGCGGAAGAGGGCGGACGCAAAUCGUCGCUGCUGCUGCGAUCACGACGGGCAGUGAUGAUGAGCGUGGAGGACGACGACGACCAGGACAGCGGGAUCCGGUCGGCGCGGUCGCCAGCACGCAUCAUCACGGAGACGGCAGUAUCAGCUUCGGGAUCGCGACAGCCGAGGGAAUAUGCCGGGCGCGAAUACCUGACGGCGCCGGGCGAGACCAGUCCGCUGGGCUCGUCGGCGCUGCCGCGACGACGACUGAUUCCGUCGAGUCUCAGCUCACGGCUGGUGUCGCCACAGCUGAUGGCCAUGACGGCAACAUCCACGUCGUCACCGUCGUCGUCGUCGCAGGCGCUGCUCUCCAGUCGGCGGUUCCUCGGACGGUCAGGCGGCGGCAAUCGAGACGGCGGCAGCGGAACGCCAACCAAAACCAGCGAAGACCGGGCGCAGCAGCGACAGCUCUCACUCGGCCAAACAGCCAUGAUGAACCGCACAAGCGUGUCUUCGCGACGGAUGACCCGCGACACGGGCAUCUCGAACAUGCCCUCGGCGGCAUCGCAGGUGGGCGGCUACCGAUGA